AUGAGAAUACUGGGCGGGGCGCGCGUCGUCCUUUCGCGACGAGCCCUCGCUCGGCGACACGCCGCCUUUUGGGCAAAGAAGUCGCACGCGACAACACGUUCUAUCUCUCCUAUAAUCUGGUUCACUGCUGCUGGUAUUUCUGUGCUUGGCGUGCUGGGAUGGGCACUUGCGAGCACUGAAUCGGGGGCGGAGGGUAAGAUGAGGAUGGGGUUCGCUGCGGAUGAUGCAAUGGAAGGGAGAAAGAAAAGCGUGCUAGAAGGAUUGAUGAGGAAAGGAGAGAGCAGAGAGAAGGCAGCCUCGGGUGUUAGUGAGGAUGGAGAGGGGGGCAACGACAACAAGACGAUCGUACAUUCUGGUCUGUCCUUCCUGCGGUCUGCUCUUCCUCUCGACACCAUCACCCGCGUAACCUCCUCAUGGACGUGGCCCUCCUCUCUCACAACACUGCAAUCCCGUGUCUCCGCCUUAAUGCUCGAAUACUCCCUGGGCCCCGGAUCGCUCUACGACGAGGUAGUGAACGCCCCUCCCGACUUGGAUGUCAACCCCGAGUGCGAGUGGGACGCAACUGUCCGGCUGGGGGAGGAGCUGUGCUUGCCUGAACGGGCAUUCCUCCGGCAAAGGAAACGCCGGAUGCGAACAGCGUUUGCCAAACUCAUGGGUGUGCCCGUGCGCGAGGUGCACGAGGACGAUAUCCCUGUUGUUGCGCUUGCGUGCUCUGGAGGAGGGUAUAGAGCGAUGUUUAAUACUGUUGGGUCGUUGCUCGCUGCUCAGAACAGCGGUUUGCUGGACGUGACAACCUACCUUGCCGGUAUAUCAGGGAGCUGCUGGGCGAUCACCACGCUAUACAGCGGUGUGGUGGGCGACGCGCCGCCCAUUGAACGGCUGGCGCAGCAUCUCUCCAUGCGAGUACAGAAGAGCUACUUCGACAUGGAGACACUAGAUCUUAUGACGACGCCUCCAACAAACAAGUACCUUCUCAGCGGGCUGAUGCGCAAGGCUGCUGCCCCAGGAGCGGAGGUCAGCCUCGUCGAUAUCUACGGCACGCUCAUCUCUUCCCGCCUGUUUGUACCUUCCGACCCCAAUACAACCGUCGAUCCCCGCUUCCUAAGCCUGCACAGGUUUCGCCGGCUGCUAGAUUCCUCUGCCAGCCUCCCACUGCCUAUCCUCACGGGCGUGAUGCACGAUAUCCCUCCUGCGGCACAACAGCCCCUGAAGGAGGUCAGGCAAGAGAAGGAAACCGCAGUGGACGAAGAGACGCACACCCGCCUAGGAGAAACAGAACAAGCGAUCGAGAGUCUCAGCAGUUGGCUCUGGUUCGAAUGGACCCCGUACGAAGUAGGCUGUGACGAGUUAGGCGCGUGGAUCCCCAGCUGGAGCCUAGGGAGGAGGUUCGACAAUGGCAGGAAUCUGGAGAGGAGGCCAGAGCUCAGCCUCACUAUCCUCGCGGGGAUCGUAUCAUCCGCGUUCUGUGCGACGUUGCAGGACUAUUUCAGGGAGAUGCAGCCUGCGCUGAGGACUCUGCCAGCGGGGCUGUAUGAUUGGCUCUCGGACGUUAUAGAUGAGCGAAAAUAUGAUAUGCAGGUUACUCAUGCUAUUCUGCCAACCGAACUACCAAACUUUGUUAAGAACAUGGAUGGACUCCGAGAAGGCGGUCCAGCGGGCAUCGCUCAGCGUGAGACACUUGGGCUAAUGGACGCGGGAGCAUUGAUCAACGUCCCAUACUACCCUCUUCUUCGACGGAAUGUGGACUGCAUCAUUUCUCUUGACGCGUCUGUUGACUCUCAAGACCUCCAUUUUCAAAGGAUCGAGGAGUAUGCGCUGCGUCAUGGCCUGAAGACAUGGCCGAAAGGAGCCAGUUGGCCUACGGCCGUGAUGGACCCGAAUCCACAGGGCGGGGACGUGGUCCUCAGUGCAGAAGAACGGUCAUCAACAGAAGAGGCAGCUGGAAGACGCCUUGCUGAGUUGCAGGAAACAGAGCUGGUUGGACAAGCGGAAAGACAGGGACGAUCGAGUGCUCGAGAUAUACCAGCGCCAACCUCGAGAAAGGCCGGAACAUCAUCAGCAAUCGAUGCCAUUGAUCCGAUGAUAACAGCAAAGUCGCCUAUUCCACCGCCCAUCGCUGGAUGUACAAUCUGGAUUGGCUCGACAGGAGAAGACGCCACGAGCUCUAAAGUAGAGGUACUGGACGAGCAGGAGCUUGCAAACAAAGACGGAAUUGGCGUCGUCUACACACCCCAAUUGGCGAACGAUAGAGCCUUGCCCGGGUUCAACCCUUUCUCGGUAUCCACGUUUAGGUUCGAGAUUUCCAAGACUGAAAGUGAUAAGUUGGUGAGAUUAGGAGAGGUCAACUUACAGGAAGGAACAGAGAAAAUCGUCAGUCUACUGAGAAUAAUGUGGCGCCGGAAACGUCGAGCGAGAUUAAAGCGACUCAUGAUACAGCGUUUGUCCCAACCAUAUCCACAUGCAUGGGAAUGAGCACAACUUGAGGGUGGGGAGACACUUAUAAUCGAGUCUAGGAUCCAUAUAAUUCAUAGGAAUCCCGCAUUUACC